AGCCCAUUUGGGCCGGUGUCACAUUCACCUAUCAUCUCACCCGAACAAAAUUUCGGCUAGGCUUUUUCUCUUCUCGCUUCAACGUGAAAGAGAAUUUCUCUCUGGAACUUCUUCAAUCUUCAUCUCUGCGGCUCGACUCUGUAAGCUCUCUGUAUCCUAUUUUUUUCCUCUCUUAAAUUUUAUUUGGUAAAGAGAUUCGAGCUUUUAGGGUUUAUUACAUGGUAGUUUUUUUUCAUUACUGUAUUCCAUCUCCUAAUUAUUCAUGGAUUAACUGCUUAAUUAGAUAUGAGAAGCCUUCCUAAUCAGCCGGAUAUAGAAGUUGUUAGAGUAUAUUAAACUUUUUUCUGGCAAUUUUGGUUGUAUGGUAUCAAACCUUUGUUGGGUGACCUAGAAUCACGAGUUGCAUAUGGAUUUGUAAAAAUUUCAGUGGACUAAUGAAGUGCGGUUCUGUGAAUCCGUAAGAUAAACUCCCGUGUUUUGAAUAUUUGCAGAAGAUAAACUGAUGACACAUUUGCCUCCCCAACGGAUAAUUUAUAAAAUAGAAUUUAUUCUUUGUUUUCGUUUCCGUCUGAUAAAGAUAGCGGGGAUACUGUAGGAAUUGGAAAUAGCCGAUCUGCGUUUCUUUAUGUUCCGUUUACAAAAAAAACUAUACAAAAGGAUUAGAAAUCCUUUGUGGAUCUGCGAUUUCUUUAAGUGGAUUUCUAGAUUUUUUUUUGUGGAUCUACAAAUUUUUUUUUUGAUUUCUUUCCCGGCACAAACUUUGAUGUUUCAGUUUAUUUCUGGAACUUAUGGAUAUAUACGCAAAAUUAGAACUGAAGAAUCCUAUUUUUGUUUGUUUUCUAUAUUUACCAUUAAUUGGUUUCUGCAUAUUUCAUACAUAUCCGAAAAGAAGAUCAACAAUGGUUAUUUGCAGAAGAUAAAUUGGAGAAGAAAAUGGAGGGGACUAAGCUAAUGUUAUGGUGCUUUACGUGUGUGAACUUCACCAUAUUGUGCGCCUUACAAAAUGGGUUGCGUCACUACUUCUCAUGGAAGAAGCCGAAGGAGCAAAGUGCCAUACUAGUCAUCAUCUUCAUGGCUCCCUUGUACGCCGUUGUCUGCUACAUUGGUUUGAUGGAUUCUCCCGAGAGCAAAAUGCUCUUCACUUUUCUCAAGACUGUCAAGGAGUGUUAUGAAGCUCUUGCAAUAGCUAAGUUUUUAGGUUUGAUGUACACGUACCUGAAUAUGUCCAUGAGUGAAAAUAUAGUGCCCGAUGAGAUCAAGGGAAGGGAGAUUCAUCACUCAUUCCCAGUUACCCUCUUCCAGCCUCGCACAGUUCAAUUAGACGAUUACACAUUGAAACAACUAAAAGACUGGACAUGGCAGUUUGUUGUGAUCCGUCCGGUGUGUUCCAUCUCAAUGAUCGCUCUGCAAAUUCUUGGAGUGUACCCUGCCUGGGUUGGCUGGACGUUCACCACCAUUUUGAACAUUUCUGUCUUGCUAGCUUUCUAUUCACUCGUGGUCUUCAACCACACAUUUGCAAAAGAGUUAGCACCCUACCAGCCAUAUCCCAAGUUUUUCUACAUCAAAGGAAUCGUCUUCUUUUGUUUCUGGCAGGGAAUUGCCCUUAAGAUUCUUGCUGCAUUGGGCAUAAUACAAUCGCACUAUGCUUGGCUUGACGUGGAGGAUAUCCCAGAAGCCCUUCAGAACAUUCUCGUGCUUGCGGAAAUGCAUGUCUUGAAGUGCUUUCUGGAUUAUGGGUAUACUGCUGAACCUUACAGUUGCAAGGCUACCGUUGCAACAGGCACUGCAGUCGAAAAGAAAGACUAAAAAGAAUGUUUUUUUUUUGGAUUGUUGGAAGAUGGUCAAGAAUGGUCUCUGUAUAUCCCACAUCUUUCCAAAUGGGUACUUAUAUGUAAUUAGGUACAGCUAACAGUAUCUUUCUGGUUCCAAUCUUGACACUCUUUGGUUUGCCUCUUAGGCUCUGUUUGGUGCCCAGCCUUCCUAAACUAUGUUACCAAAUGCCUUCGUGCUUUCUAUUUUUU